UUAGGCUGGCACGGCUGGUGCGCCUGUCACGGCUGCGUCCUGUGCUGGGGACGGCUGUGUCCUGUGUGAGCCCGUCUGUGUGAUGGGUGAGUGGUUCUCCGGCGGUUCGUGGAUCCCAGGCUGGCACAGCAAGCGUCCGGCCUAUAGAGAUGAUGUCCGGGACUCACGUAGGUGAUUCUGCAGGUAUUGUAGGAGGUAAAGAAGCUCGCUCAACUCCGUAUAUAGCUUUAGUGAGGACCCCUGGAAAAACGUUUUGUGGUGGAGCAUUGAUAAAGCCUGACUGGGUGUUAACAUCUGCAGAGUGUUUCAUAGAUAAGACGACCACUGUCGAUCUGGGGGUUCACUCUAUCCGGAACACGAAAGACCAACAGAGACAGCAAUUCAAAGUGGCGAAAGCAAUCUCACAUGACAAGUUUAAUAAAGAUAAACACAUUAAUAACCUGCAGCUUUUGAAGUUGGCAGGUAAAGCGAAUAUAACUAAAGGCGUCAACAUUGUUCGCUUUCCUGAGAGAUUUGGUGAAAUGAAGCCUGGCAGUGUCUGUACCAUCACGGGAUGGGGCCGGACCGAUAACAGAAAGACCAACACUGCCGACAAGCUGAUGGAGGCAAGAGUGACCGUCAUUGACUGGAAGACCUGCUCCUCCCAGUGGAAACCAUCCGUGAAGAUCACGAGGGACAUGAUGUGCACUAGUGAGAAGGGUGCCGUGAGGGGUUUCUGUAAUGGCGAUACUGGAGGACCAUUAAUGUGCGGAGGCUACUUAAGAGGGAUCAUAUCUUUCGGACCCAUGUUGUGCGGGACUCAAAGUGGUGCAGAUGUCUACACCCGUCUUACUAAAGACUACAUGAAAUGGAUUCAUAAAAAGACCAAGGGAAUGCUAUAAAUUGUUUUUACUAACAUAAAACCUAAGUAGUAUUUUUCCAGUGUUAACUAACUUGAAUUAUUCUAUCUAUAUCUACAGUAGCUUUUAGGGAUGUAAGAAAAAAUCGAUUAUCGUGAUUAUCGCGAUUUUUUGUUCCGCGAUACUGAAUCGAUUUUAAAAUUCUAAGAAUCGAUUUUUUUAUAAAUUAUUAUAAUUAACAUUUACUGUAUUUCACUCACUGAGUCACAGUCCUAUUUGUCGGUCUUAUUUUUUUUAUAACACUUAAACUCCUGACCACUAGUUGGCAGUGUACCUGUUAUCAGCUCUGUCCCACUCGCAGGCUGCUACCGCGAGACUACAGACUCAGAACAAACAGGAAGGAGAACGUACGCACUCACAGGACAACUCUCGCGGGAUCUUGUUCUUUCUCAGCUAGAAUAAGUUUUCACAAGCUUUUAAUAGGGAAUAUCGCGAUAUAUCGUGAUAUAUCGCCAACAUGACAGUAUCGCAAUAUAUUGCGAUAUAUCGAAUCGCCACCCUGGUAUCGCGAUUCGAAUCGAAUCGCCAAAUUAUUGGCGAUUCACACCCCUAGUAGCUUUGGUCUUUUCCUUAAUUUCUCAGAAUGUCAGUAAAUAUGAUGCCUUUGCUUUCUAGUAACAGUAAAAUAAGAAAUUAUUAAACAGGUCAAAUUUUUAAAUGAUCAAAUGUGAGUAAAUUCUAAUAAAUGUUUGCUGGUUGUGCUUUUAUGCAUUUUGCUCUGUUGAAUAUCCUUUGCUAUUAAUACAUUGUUUGUAUUAGAGUGUGGUCCCUUGGCCCCACCGAAGGGACUGAUUCUGAGGUCCCACCCUCUAUCUGUAUAGAACAUGUAAAUAUUCACCUAUAAGUACAUCCUAUUAUUAUGCACGCAUGAUAUACGGCAUCAUUAAAAAGGUCUCUAAAGUCAGCUCCAAAUGGGGUUGUUAAAAUGACAACUAAAACAUAAAUAAACCUUAUUUUUGUAUUUUUAUAUUGGUCCCAACCUGUACUAAAAGGUAAAAAACAAGUGAAAAAUAUUAUUAAUUAAUCUCACUCAUCACAUGUGAGCAUAUAUGUGUACCGUAUAUACUCGAGUAUAAGCCGUCCCGAAUAUAAGCCAAGGCCCCUAAUUUCACCCCAAAAACCCAGGAAAAGUUAUUGACUCAACUAUAAGCCUAGGGUGGGAAAUACAUCAUCCCCCCCCCAAGUCAUCAUCCUCCGUCAUCAUCCAGACCCCCGCUAUUAACACCCCCAUCAUCAUCACCUUGUCAUUA